CUUUUAUCUUCUCAAAACAAAAUAUAUUCCAUAUAUAAAUUAUAUCCACAAAUCAAAAAAAUGCGUUCUUCUGCCAUCAUCGUCGCCGCCGCCGCCACCUUGGCUGGCCUCGCCUCUGCCUCGCCCGCUCACAAGUUCGACAAGCACGCCACCCACAUUGCCUACACUUACCCCAACGGCACCUUCACCAAGCCCUUUGACGUGGUCACCAACGGAAAAGCCCAGCAACUUCCUUCCAACAACAUCGUCUCCGAGGUCUUUGUCGCUCCGCCCUUUGACGGCCGCCGCUACGUCCUCACCUCGUGCUCUUUCCAGGCUCCUUCUAACAAGAGCCUUGGGGCCGUUUCAAUCCGCAAGCCGACCACGGUGCCUGUAAAUCCUCCUGCUGCUAUCGGCUAUGUGACUUGCAACUCCAACUAGACGGGAUGGACAGCGUCAUGUAUUAUAUAUUUUUACUUUGGGAGAUUGUGUGUUUUUAAAACUGUUGCUCUAAUUCGAGUGGUUUUUUUGUUCUCUUUGCUUUUCGGAGGGAGCAGUUGACGGAGGCGAGGCGUCGUAUAUAACGAUAUAUACGUGAAUAUGCAG